AGCUUUUAUAAUGAAACUAAAUAAAUUGUCAAUAUAUCUUGGUUUUCUUGUGCUUUCAUUACGCCUACACAAGUUUUCAACAGCGCACUUGCACUACAUCUCCCAUACUGCACUUGGGCAACUCCCGGUAAAGGAGAUGCCCAUAUUUGGUAAAUCAGUAGCAUCACGUGACUGAUUUCGUGUACCAAUCACAUUAUUGGCAGGAACGUGUCGCUUUUUCAAAACUAAGUGUAGUAACUGGCGUUGAGCUGUUUACGGAGCUAAAGACGGUAACUUAAAUGGAUAAAUAAGUUAAUAAAAAUUAAUAGGGCUGAAAUGGAUGGUAAAAUGAUUGGACCGGGACCUUAUAGGGCGACGAAAUUGUGGAAUGAGACCAUCAGGCUCUUCCGUGGUGGAAUGCCAGUCAGACGUCACUGGGCUCAUUUCAGGAGUUAUGACCACAGUUUCACAGGAGCCGAGGCUGUCGACUUCCUCCAUGAGCUGCUCAGACGAAACCAGAACUUCGGACCGGAGGUGACGCGCUACCAAACACUCCAGUUACUUCGGAAAUUCUUCAAAAACCAUGUCAUCGAGGAUGUCAAAGGACGAUUUGGUAAAGAGGACUUUGAGGACAGUGGACAUUUAUACAGAUUUCCCCCACAAUCACCUCUGAAGCCCGUUCCUGUGCGUCCACCUGUAAGAGAUCACAGCUCAGUACCCAGAAUCCCACGCUGGGAUGACUUUGAGGAGAUAUCAGUGCCGGAGAAGAUCCCAGUGAAGCCUCUUAUGUCGGUUGCUGUUGAAGCGCUGCAGGUCUGCUGUCUCCUGCUGCCUCCAGCCAACCGUCGUAAACUGCAGCUGUUAAUGCGUCUGAUGGCUAAAGUCUGUGCCAACCCCUGUCUCCCCGCUCUGAACGACACCAUAGGAGCUCGUACCCUGAUGGUCCAGACCUUCUCCCGGUGCAUUCUGGGAUCUGCGGAUGAGGUGGACUUGGACGAGCUGUUGGCCACCAAGCUGGUCACGUUUAUGAUUGAUAACCACGACAGUGUGCUGAAGGUACCGUCCAACCUGCGAAAAUCUGUUGAGGAGCAUCUGUCUCACCUCAGAAGAGCCCAGAUAAAAUAUGCGGGUGCAGACACGGACACCACCAUGGCGUCUCCACCUCACUCGUUCUGCAGACAGAUCAGCAGAGAGGAGUUUGAGCAGCAGAGGGUCUCUGGAUCUCAAGGGGCCAUGGUGGAACUACUGGAGAACAUCAUACAAGACAAGAACAUGUCCAUUAAAGACAAGAAGAAGAAGCUGAAGCAGUUCCAGAGAUCUCAUCCUGACAUCUACCGCAGACGCUUUCCCAGCGCUGAAAGCGAGGCGGCGGUUUUCCCAGAGAGACCCCAGAGACUCAAACCUCAGCUGAUGUUCCUCACUCUGAAGAAACCCUUCCAGCCCUUCCAGAGGAGCUGGAGCUUUCGGGCUUGAGUCAGCGCUCAGAGUGCUCAGUCUGACACUAGGGCGACUGUGUUAGGUAUUAUUAUCAAGGAGAGAUGUUACUGAAUGUUAAAGGUUGCAUCCUGAAUCGAAAUGACGCUAAAUUCACCUCACGAGAGAUCAGAUGGAUUAAAUAAAGUAUGAUGCUGUGCAUUGGAAUCCCUUUAAAGCAAGACACUACAGGCAAACCCAUUUUUUGAUGCACUGACCAGUUUUGAGAUUUUGGGCAAUUUUGCUUUCAUUACAUGUCUACUUUCAGUAUAGUGGAAAGCAAGCAUCUAAAAUGCACAUUUAGGUGUUUAUUAUAUCUAUUUGCAUCUGUAGAUUUCAAUUACAGUACAUAACUGUAA